UAUAAACCACAUGAGGAUCCCGUAACCAGAAAACAAAUCAGUCAAUCAAUUUGCCAAAUAUUACCCAAUAGUCUCAACAAUUCAAUGGUCAAUGGGUUUAAUCAAUGUAAACAACGUUCACGUACUGAUGAUAGACAAAAAUCAUCAAUUUAUAGACAAUUUGAACAAAAAUAUUAUCAAAUCAAUGAUGACUGUGCUAUAGGUAGGGAUGGUUUAUUGAAAGUCUUUACCCAUUUGAAUGCGACCGACAAAAUCAUCAGAAAUACUAUAUUAAAUCAAUGUUCAAUUGAAUUUGAUGGGUGUGUUGACCAGAAAAAACGGCAAUACGAUGACGAAAAUAAACAAUUGAAAGCAGAGUUGGACAGGGAGUCAGCACUGGGUAGGACACAAGUGGCCAAAUUUCUACCUGAGCAUGAAUUUCUAGCAUGUCAGAAAAAAGCAUUGGGCAUACAAUGA